UUCUGCUAGUAAUGCCAAGCCUAGUGUUCCUCCUACAAAGAGAAGCACCUCUGAGAUAAAAGCAACGAAGCAGUCAGAGAGACCCAUUUCUUUGGGUGAUAACAAAAAGGUAAGAUGUUCCCUGACCUGUAUCUGAGUAAUUUACAUGGCUGUCUUCCCUGUCCUUGUGCUGUUUACGAGUGUACUUUAAUUGUGUUUCAGACAAUCGUUUCCUCUGGAAAGUCAGUCUCAAAGUCAAAGACAGAAGUGAAGCAGCAACCAUCAGAGAAAACUCUUGCUAAUACAAACGCAAAGAGAAAACACAGUCUAGACACAGAGAAAGCAUUUGAUGACCGAAAGUAUGAUAAAACUUUAGUUGGAUCAAGAAUCAGAGUCUGGUGGCCACUUGAUAAGAUGUAUUAUAGAGGUGAAGUUACUUCAUAUGAUCCUUCCAGAAAGAGACAUAUGGUUGUCUAUGAGGAUGGAGAUCAAGAAACUUUAGACUUAAAAAAUCAUAACUGGUAUCUUGUGGAGGCAUCAAAAUCGUCAAAGCACAAGGAUAAACAGAAGGCCGCAGAAGUUUCCAACCGUGAGCAAACUGGUGCACCUAAGAGGAGGCUGAACCUCUCACUUCCUCCUGACGAGGAUCCUGCAGAAGCUGAGACUCAGGCACGCAAGCGAGCUCGAGUCCAAAGCCACAGCCUCCAUAAAUCUCAUGGUGAGAUGGAGAAGCCCACUGCAGAAGGAGAACCCUCUUGCCACCAUCGCAAAUCUGGUUCUGAGCUUGGACACUCUCAAACUUGCUCUAUCACACAUCAGUUGGGUAAGGUCAAACAGAGCAUCACAGACACGAUAACCAGUGUAAGAAAGUUUGGCUCUGAGGUCGAAACAAAGGAACAGACUAUUGUUGACAUGUUAACCAGUGUGAGACAGUUUGGCUCUCAGCUGGAAACAAAGGAACAGAGCAUUGUUGACAUGUUAGCCAGUGUAAAACAGUUUCGCUCUGAGCUCGAGACAAAGGAACAGAGAAUUGUAGACACUUUAAACAGUGUACAACAGUUCAGAUCUGAGAUCAAGAAAAAGGAAGAUAACCUAGUAGCUUCGCUGCAUGAAGUUGACGUGUUAGGGGAGAAGAUAUCUGGAAUCAACAAAAUCCUCAACUCAUAAUCAAGUUUAGGGUCAAGAAAUGGGAUCAGAGACUUUUGCAAACCCAUUUUGUUCAACGAUGGAGUUUAAGUAGUUGACCAAAGAAAAAAUCUUUUGUGUAGCAUUCUCUCUAGAGACAUUUUAAUUUUGGAAUUCUCGUCUAAAAUAUGCAAACUAAACAGUGACAUUAUGGUUCAGCGUAUGCUCUAGUUCGGGGUUGAACUUUGUGUUGUAUAUCCUUUCUUCUCAGCACCGUCUUGGUUCUCUGCUA